AAGAAGAAUGAAGAAAGCUAUUGCGCUUGGGUGGUGAAGCCAGAGCCAAAUCAAACGUGUGCAUUUCAAUUCGCUCUCAUUGGAUAAGAAGUUACGCCAUGAACAACCUGUGGCGAAGGAUUGGCAACAGGAAGAGCAGCAGUAAAUCAACAUCGGAGAAAAAUGAGACCCUGAACAAGCCGCAAGAGCCUGAGCCGGAAAAAAAUGCGACACAGAACAAGCCGCAAGAGCCUGAGCCAGAAAGAAAAGACCUGGUGUUGUUGGGGAACCCCGCGAAGAGGUUCGAUCUUGAGGAUCUUUUUAGGGCCAGUGUGGAGGUAUUGGGGAAAGGGACGGUCGGGACGACUUACAAGGCACACCUGGACGAUGGGACCACGGUGGUGGUCGUGAAGAGGCUCAACCAUGUGGUCUUGUCGGCCGAGGAUUUCGGGGACAAGGUCGUAGCUCUCGGAGUGAUGGACCAUAAGAACCUGCUCCCUCUGAGGGGUUAUUACGACAGCAAAGACGUGAAGAUCCUCUUGUACGAUUACAUGACCUUGGGAAGCUUGUCGGACCAGUUGCACGGAUUCAGAGAGAUUCUCCUGAGCUGGCAAGUCAGGCUUUCGAUUGCCCUGGGAGCUGCCCGAGCCAUCGAGCACCUGCACUCCCAGGCUAGUCACCAUGGGAACAUUAAGUCGUCCAACGUCCUCCUCACGCCGUCCUACGAGGCCCGGGUCUCCGAUUACAGUCUCCCCCACCUCACAAGGCCUGCCUCCAUGGCUGGGGCAGACCCGUCAAAGGCGGAUGUGUAUGACUUCGGGAUGUUGCUUCUGGAGCUCUUGACUGGGAAGCCGCCCACCCAGACUCUCCUCAAUGUGGAAGGUCAAAGUGUAGAUCUUCCUACUUGGGUUGAGUCCGUUGUUUGCGAGAGCCGGCCUACUUGGGUUGAAGUAUUCGAUGUGGACCCCCAGGACAUUGAAGUGGCGAUGUUCGAGCUGUUGGGGUUGGCGACCCGUUGUGUAACCUCGAAUUCACCUAUGCGCCCUCGGAUGUCUGAAGUACGGAGGAUGAUCGAGGAGUUGUGUGGCCCCGGGGAACAGUGGGAUUUGGACUCACAGCCCGAUGACGUCUAUGAAGAGACCGAAUAUGCAGAUUCUUGGCUUAUUGGUAAUACACAGGCCGAGAAUGCACUUUCCUGGCCGAUUGAUAAUGCACAGGUAGAUAGGGGCUCACAGCUCAACCAAUUCAGCGAAGUGAACGGUGAUAUGUAUACUCGGAAACCACCAGAUGGGGUUAUGGAAGUUUCUGAAAGAGUUUAUGUGUUUGAAUACUGUCUUACCACGGAUUGGUCCUUUUUCGGCCAAAUUACCACAGACUGGUUGAAGAAUGAUGAAUAUGAGAAUUACAUGAGAGGCGUAGUUGCAAGACUCCAAGACCAAUUUCCUGCUGCCCCUUUCAUGGUGCUCAAUUUUGGAGAGCAAGAAAACCAAAGCCAAAUAGCUUAAGUAUUGUUUGAAUAUGCUAUACCCGUCGUGGAAUUCCCUCAAAAUUAUGGAGAUUGCCCUAUACUGAGAGUGGAGAUUAUCCACAACUUCUUGAAAUCUGCCAAUGAAUGGCUGUCAUCUGAUACAAAACAGAACAUGCUGUUGAUGCAUUGUGAAAGGGGUGCAUGGCCGGUUUUGGCGUUCAUGUUGGCUUCUCUUUUGUUAUAUAGGAAGAAGCAGGAUGGGGAGCAGAAAACACUUGACAUGAUUUACAAGAAAGCGCCGCGUCAACUCUUGCAGCUGACAUCGACACUGGAUCCGUUGCCUUCCCAGCUGAGAUACCUCCACUAUGUUUCCACACAGAAUGCUGAUUCAGAUUGGCCUCCACCAGAUCAGGCACUUGUGAUAAAAAGUGUUAUACUAAGUUUCAUUCCUCAUUUUGAUGCUGAAGGGGGAUGUCGUCCUAUUGUUAAGAUAAUUGGACGGGACCCAUUUGUGGUUGCUGAUCAAAAUCCCACAGUUC